AUGAUGGCGAGCACUUCAGACUCCUUCGUCAUCUCCGACAUGGCUCCCUCCUCAGACAACGACGAUGUCGAUUCCCUUCCAUCCAUCUCCAGCAGCAUUCUCGAUUCCGAAGACGAAUCCGAUGCCCAAAGGGAGUGGGAGACAAGUCUAGAGCAGCUACAGCUUUUGCUGACAAUGAUUAUUAUGCCAUUUGCGGGCAAGUAUCUUGGCCGCAAGUUUGCCUACUGGAGCUGGGCGCGGUAUAUGGAAUGGAUGCACAACGUCGAGAUCCGGUGGACAAAUAAGAGAGAGUUUGCGGCCGUGGGAGCUGUACAAGCGGCUUCUUCGUUAUGA